UGCUGGACCCCCCAAUGGUGGGGGAUGGUUUCAGUGCAUUUAUGGUAGAGAUAUUUUUCCAUUUAUGGAGGGUUUACUGUAUCGUAAAUGCUCACAAGGUAAUCGUGCACGUUUUCAAGCUUAUCUGGAUACCAAGUGAAAACAUGUCGAGGACUAGGCGUUCGCGAAUGUAAAAGGAUCGUAUCGAUGCUCGACGAUCGCAAGCUUGUGACCUGAUUUGUCGACAGGUAAAACUUCCAGAACUUCUACUCGAAGAAUUUUCUUACUCCACAGGUGUCGAAGGAAGUCUUGUAUCUUGGAAUUACUUUCAUCACCCACAGUAAAAGCUUCGAAGCUCAAGAUCUACGCGAACCGACGCACAAAUCGUCAAUAUAUUCGUCAACGUAUUGCAUUCUACACUAGCGGACAAGCAAACAGGGACGAUCUUUCAAAUGCUCAUAACUAUGAGAGUUUUCAACCGAUUUCGGUGAAACUUCGCGAGGAAUAGUCUUCGAGUGUCUUCUAGGUGUGUGCAAAGUUGCAUUGACGAGGGUUGAUGUGAAGGGGUUAAUUCACCACCCUAAAGGGAACUGUGUUUAAAAAUAGUCUCUUUGAAGCAGGCCAGAGAUGACGGAAGGGAUUGAAAAAUUCAACAAAACCUUCGGGGCGACUCUCCUUGAUACCCUCUACAAAAUGCACCUCUUGAAAUCCCUCUCGGACAAACCCACACCCUUCCACCCCCUCUAAAAUUCACAAUUUUUGUACGAAGGUCUCGAUUUUGGGCUCCAGCUCCUACCGUGCACCCCAUAGGAACCCUUGGGGGAGGGGUGGAACAGCUCGCAUAUUUUCAACCACCUUCGUAAGGGAGCACUUCCACACAUCGGAGGGCGAUGAAAUUCACCAUGUUUGUUCUCGAUACGUUAAGGAUGAACGGCGAAAAUGUCCCGUCUCGAAAACUGCCUCCGGUAGUGUUCGAACCGUGGAUAUAAAUGAUAAGAGUAUCAGAGGUAGUCAAUUGCAUCGUAGGGACUCCUAUUUGUGGCAUAUCGAUGAAAUGCGUUUGUGUUAAUCAAGACGAGGUUUCAGAAACCGUAGAGACUACACGCAUGGGUAUGUCAUCCCUGCUAUGAUCUCUAAUCAGCACUAGUACGUCACGAGAAUUGGAUGACAGCACGAUGUCACAAAUGAUGCCUCGUAGCUGGUGUUUCUCCGCAAGAUUCGGCAUGAUUCCAUAUUGUCCGGAUGGAACGACGAACAUUGUAAUCGAGAUCGAUAUUAACGUAAAUUUCAUCCUCAUUCAUCUUCAUUUAUUCAAUCGUUCAAUCAAGCUCGUGCAAUCUUGUUAUUUAACUUCGGUAUCGAACUUGACUCGGAUUCGCGGGUACAUAUUGAACUUGAUCCCAUCGCUACCGACGGAACGGGAGUGUAAGGAGAGCCAGGGUGAGCCAGGAGAGGCAGGAGAGCCGGGAGAAACGGGAAUCGGAGGGGCGGGUGGUUCGCUCAGUGGGAGAGACAGGAGACCCGGGCAGUGCAAGCCGGGCAGCCUGCCCGACGAUAUCGUCAUUGUGGAUUCUAUUCUUUUUGUUUGAUCGUUCUCCGACCAAGGCAGCCGCGAGUUUUUCCUACGGGCGUCCUUUUGCCGCAGGCAUGCGCGUCGUCUGUUUUUCCAGUCGCGGAGAAACGCGUACGGUCACUCUUCGUCCUUAAGACACGCACGGUCACGCAGCGCGCGAACAUAUGUGCGCGAGACGAUAGAGAGCGGAAAACACGCUGGUUACAUCGCUGCAUAAGCGGCCACGUACGUUGAUAGAGAUCGGAGCACGUGUGUUCAACACGGAGGGGCGACUUGAAAGCGACAGAGCGCGGCCGAAAGAACGCACGCACUUCCCCGCACGGGGAGCUUCCGCAGCUUUCCAAGUAACAGGUGAUUUCUGCGUGCAGUUGUCCAAGGAACAAUUUCGGAUGCCACGCAGAGAGAAACAAUCCGAUGUUCAUGGGAAUGCGUUUCUGGCAGAAGGCUGAGCCAACUGGCUCCGCGUUGUAUCGAUUCGUUUACGAACAUCCUAGUUUUCGGCGCAUUGAGAAGAUUGUCGCGAUCUUAUUGUGAAGCGGGGACGAACACAGCCGACAUCUGCCCUGAGAACGACUUUAUGCCGGUAACAACGGUCGGAAAACAAAACUCCAAGGAAGGCGCAACAGGGAGCUAAGAGUAUUUUCUCCGAAAGCUGUGUGGCACUCAACUUCCAAGAUGUUGCCUAUGGCAACAUCCUUAGUAAAAAAGUUCAGUUCGGCAACCGCAUCGGACGAAGGCGGCACCGCCUUCAGCAGAUGGAGGCAGUUGGGAAGCGACGUGAUACGAGAUGUUACCAAUUUUGGCCCUGCGAAGGUCACUCCACAAGAAGAAACGCAACCCAAGGAAGAAACCACAACGGAAGCAAUGAAAACGAAGUCGAAAACUGGAGACGAUUGCAGAGUUUGCCGGAAGUCCAUCGCACCUGAGGAAGCUUCGAGAAUUUGCUGCGAGUGUCAACACAAAGUUUGCGAGGACUGCGCUUGCUAUUCGACGACAACCAAUUCGGAUGAUCCGUCGUCCUGGCGAUGCAGCGUAUGUCGUAGAAAACUUGCGUCUCGGGACCAGCCAAUUGUGACACAGGAAUCGACGGAUUCUUUGCUGGAGGUGCCGGUCCUGGAGGCUCUUCAGAGAAGACACAGCGAGGCAAGACUCGUCUGUCAAACUGGAAGUCAAAUCGGAGGACUUGGUACCGGAUUGGCACCGCCGAGAAGUCCAGAACUGAGAAGGCAUUCGGCUGGGUCGCCCGCCAGUUUGAAAGAACUCGAAAAGUUUCGAAAGGUUGCAGGGGAACGCCGCGACGACCUCAGGUGGGAAAGGGAUUUGGAUCGCAAGAGCAAGUCUAGGGCAACGUCGCCGGAUCGCCAUCAGGUCGAUAGGGGAAGAGGUACCAGUCCCCAGAGGGUUGGCGUCGAACCUUCUUCCAUCGUAGAUCCCAUCGAAGUGGACGAGGAAGAGGAACGUCGUAGCCGAGCUCGCCGAGCCAGUACUGUUCGCGUUAAAUCUCGCAUGACUAGGCAAAGGUCGUACGACGACGAGAUGAAGAACAUGAUCGCGAUGUCCGGGGUCGCCGGACACCACGAGCAUCAGGAGCCUUGCCUGAGGCCUCCGACGAAUCUGCCGCGACGAGCGUCAGCUUAUGACUUUUAUGCAACUUCAAGUGUCAUCGCGGCUGCCCAGCAGAGAGCAUCGAUCUCGGCCCAAGGCAACAGGAAACCAGAGGAAAGACCGACCAGUCGGAGAUCAUCGUUCCGUGCAACAAAGCCAGUGAUGCCGUACGAAGUCGGAGCCGAAGAUGAAUCCUUGAUGAAUCUGGAACCGACGCCUGUACCGGUGACCGUGGCUCAACCACCAGUUUUGGCUCCUGAAGAGGAACGACGCACCAGACGAAGAGGCUCUCAGUUACCGGAUAUAAACACCAUAAAGGCGUUGACAUCCGCAGUUCCAGGAGCAGCAAAGGUGGCUCCGUCAGUCGUAAACAGAGUUGCAGCCGAAGAUCGCGAACUGGCACGACAGGGAAGUCUCGUGGAUGGUGAGAGCAUCAAAAUCGUUAUUCACCACGCAGACAAUGAUAUGUCACCAUGGGUUAACGCAAAAAGGAGGAUAAAGCUGAGAAGAGAUCCAGCUUUAGACAAAGGACACAGGAGAUCAAGACACGUUUGUAUUCGUCGUAGUCUCGCGCAGUCAGCGAACGAGAUAAACGAGUUUAAACCAGGGCUGAUAAAGAGCGAAAGCAAUGAAAACAACCGCGUGCCCCUAGUAGGCGUGCGAAUGACGUUUAAUUACUGGUUGCCCUUUCAGACAGGUUUGCUCACUUUUCAUUUCUCUAGAGCUGUGGAGUGGAUUGGUUAUCACACCGCGUCAGAGAAACGCAUCUGA